AACUGUACAAGUACCAACUAGGCCUCCUUCAGCUUACCGGCACGUUCAGUGUCUCGCCGCCAUCCUGGCAUGUCGAGCGAAUAACUAUUUAUAACUGAUAAUAUUUAUAACAUGUAUAUUAUAUAUCUCGUCUGUUGUGUGGUGAUGGUGUACGCCGACCCGGGGAAGGAGAGCGCCAAGGAUGAAUACUGCACGGAUCCCCGCACAAUGAGGAAGCACGCAGCAUACACCGAGUGGGCAGACGCGUACUCCUGCACGCGGCACCGCUGCCAGCCCGGCGGACGGAACCUUGCUAUAUACACUGUCGGCUGCAAGCGUGUAGAGGCGCCAGAAUCCGCCAUAGAAUGUGAAGAAGUGGUCGAGGACACCAACAUGCAAUUCCCAUACUGCUGCACCCGACUCAGAUGCCUGGUGGUCGUCCGCGGAGAGGUCUGGACCCGCGUGCUGGGACAACCCUGGGAGACCCUCCCCGCAGCCCCCUGGAGCCACAUGUACAAGAUGAAGAAACCGCCCCCUGUUGACAACAGCUUCUUACCUAAGUAUGUUGCAUUUUUAACUGACUUCAAAAGAGGCGGCCCCGCCCCAGGCCCUAUAUACGAGUUAUCCGAAGACAAGUCCGCGGAUCGCCGAGCCCUCGCCAACGACAAGGAUUGCGACAAGCCUGUGAAGAGGGCGCCACCGUCGCCCGGGCCCGAUAUAGUGAUUGCUCUGACGACUAACAACGAAAAGAAACCUACCGAUGCAGAAAUACAAAGCAAGUUCCUGUCCCGACCGGACGAUUCUGACCAGCCCAAUGAGAUUGAGGCCGAGGAAUCACACGUCUUCACCGAAAAGGUUCCAGAGAUAAUUUCGGAGGAGCGAAUGUUUCCACCCGACAAGAAAUCAUCCAGAGAUCGGAAAACAUCUAUAUUCGGCCCGGGGGCAUCAUCUGACGAACAGUACACCAAUAUGAACAAAAGAGGGAAAAAACAAAAGGUUGACCCAGUAUCCGAGGAACGUUUCUUUAGGAAUCCAGAGAAAAAAGCUGCAAGAUCCUGGGCCCGGAUUCCUCAGGAGCAUUGGAACGCGAGUCCGAACACACGCGCGCAGGCGCAACUAGACAUGCAUGACUACGAGAAGGAACAGGAAAACCUGGUGAAGGCGGAACAGCCCUUCAACGGCGAAUCAGAAGAGAAACAAGAAGAGAAGCCGGCCUCGCUCCAGCACUUAGUUAAUGCUAUCGGGACGCGCAUGCGCGACAUCGAGAACGUCGUCCAACAGAUGAGCGAGAAGGUGCAGCCACCGAUCGACAGCGAACAAGAAGGCAAGAAAGCUUCGCUCCAGCGCCUCCAGCACUUAGUUAAUGCUAUCGAGACGCGCAUGCGCGACAUCGAGAACGUCGUCCAACAGAUGAGCGAGAAGGUGCAGCCUCCGAUCGACAGCGUUGAAAGAAUGAGAGGGGACCGAGCGAAGAAAGAAGCUGAACCGAAAGCGAAACUGACUAAUUCUGAUAACUAUAACAGAUUCCCCCCACAAGAAGGCUUAAGCAAAUAUGUCCGCGCCAUGGCAGACGCCACCACGGAGGUCCCGCUGUUCAUCGGGGACAACCUCAACGGUUACUUCAGCGACCCGAGCAACAACCUGCUGCGGAGGUCCUUGAACAACAAGGGCCCAAAGGAACCUCAUGAUACCUACAUGGUACCUGUAGAUACGGACCACGCGCUACACAAGAAACCUUCGCCGGACUCAGCCGAACCAGAUCUCAAACACAAGAAGCACGGCCACAAGAAGAAGAAAUCUAAGCACGCGAGAAGGAAGCAUAGAAGAGAAGAGAAGAAGUUCAGCAGAAUAGCAGAUGGGAAUGCUGUAUCGCUUGAGGACAGCGAUGACAUUGGUAAGGCAUGACUAGUACGGCGGUACCUUACUGGCGAAGCCGGUAGGAUCAUGGAUUCGAAUCCGAGAGUAGAAACGGCAACGUUUUAUUGGAAAUAAAUA